AUGGCGUCCGCGAGCCCCUCCCUGGUGCUGAAGAAGCCCGUCAAGCUGGCGUGCAUCCAGCUCGCCAGCGGCGCCGACAAGAGCGUCAACCUCGCACAUGCGCGCGAAAAGGUCCACGAGGCUGCAAAGACGGGCGCGAAGAUCAUCGUCCUCCCGGAGUGCUUCAACUCGCCCUACGGGUGCGACUACUUCCCCUCGUACGCCGAACAGCUGCUGCCGUCGCCGCCGAGCAUGGAGCAGAGCCCCAGCUACCACGCCCUGUCAGAAAUGGCCAGGGAGACCGGGACCUACUUGGUCGGAGGCUCGAUACCAGAGUCGGUGCAGCAUGAGAAGGAGGACAAGAAGCGCUACUACAACACGUCGCUGGUAUUCAGCCCCAGCGGUGACCUGUUGGCCACACACAGGAAGGUGCACCUUUUUGACAUCGACAUCCCCGGCAAGAUCACAUUCAGAGAGUCCGACGUCCUUUCCCCGGGGAACAAGGUCACCAUCGUCGACCUGCCCGAGUACGGCAAGAUCGCCGUGGCAAUCUGCUACGACAUCCGCUUUCCCGAGCUUGGGAUCAUAGCCGCCCGCAAGGGCUGCUUUGCGCUGAUAUACCCCGGUGCCUUCAACACCACCACGGGCCCGCUGCACUGGAGCCUGCAGGGGCGGGCCAGGGCCAUGGACAAUCAGGUGUACGUCGCGCUGUGCUCCCCGGCUCGGGAUGUGAACGCGGCGUACCCUGCGUAUGGCCACAGCCUUGUGGUCGACCCGAUGGCGCAGGUACUUGUCGAGGCAGAGGAGAAGGAGACAAUAGUAACUGUAGAGCUGAGCGGUGAGAAGAUCGAGGAGACGAGGAAAGGGAUACCGCUGAGGGACCAGAGGCGGUUUGACGUGUACCCCGACAUAAGUCAGGGCAAAAUUCAAUUUGGCGACAAGGGGCAGAAUUGA